AAUAAUGCAAGAGAGGGAGGCUAAAUGGUCCAAGCAAUUUACCCGCAUUUCCGAAGAGAAAGACGAGAAAGAAAGACAAUUGGCCGACAUGCGUAGAGAGCUUGAGGUGACGAAUGAAACCCAGCUUGCUGCUGAGCGGAAAGCUCAAGAAAUGGAGAGCGAUCUAAUGCAGCUUCGCAGGGAGGUUGCAGACGCCACAACGAAAUUGGAGAGCCUCUCAAGUCAAAAUACUGCUUUAUCGUCUGAGUUGUCGUCCUUAAAGGAGCAACUCGAUCAGAAAAAGGGCGAGAUUCAGGCUAAAAGUCGUGAGCUUUCCACUCUUCGUGAAGAGCGCCUCGGACUUGAGGAGAGUAAUACCCGUCUCAUCGCUUCCAUUGAGCAUUACAAAUCUCAAUUGGCGAAGGGCGAGUCCAUCCUCAGUGAAACCCAGGAAGAUUGUAAACAACGCCUCUCAAAGCAGUCCAAUGACGCCGCAGCCGCUCUUGAAGACGCCCUGAACAAGCUUGCUACACUCGAGACGGAGAAAGCGUCGUUGGAGAAAGCACAGAUUGCUUCUGUUGCCCAGGAUAGAGUCCUCCAGAAGCAGGUUGCUGAAGCGGAGAAGGCGAAAGAGCUGAUCGAAUCUGAGCUGCGUUCUCACAAACAGACGAUAGAAUUGUUGAACACUCAACAUACAGCUGAGCUUGCAUCUCUCCAACAGCGGCUGGAGAAGUGCACGCAGGAUUUGAAGAAGUCCGACGAAAAGUGCAAGCAUAUCGAGGACGCGAAAAGACGCGAAUUGGAAGCUCACAAGGAGAUAACGGCAAAGAAAAUGGAGGAGAAGUUCCAAGAGCAGAUUUCCGCUAUUCGAAGACAGAUGCUAGAGCGCAAAGCCGAAGAACUUACCAAGAGGAGACAAGAAACCCUUGAGGAGAAUCAUCUCACCACGUUUCCACGAGAUGAUGGUGCCGGCCAUGAUGGUUCCCUCGAUCGGGAGCGCGAGGAGAUGCUUCUUUCAUCCAAUCCCAAGCGGAAAAUCGACAGGCGCAAUCGCACUGUGACGGCCAACGUGCCUCAAGGUGGCUCACCAGGUCGAAUGCAUACGCCACUUAUGCCGAGGGACCAGGAGCGACACAGUCCUGUAUUCCUCUUCAGCCCGCCAUGGAACGGAAGCACAGCCGAUAACAGCAGAGAAGGGAUACAGGGUGAGCCAGGCGCGGCAGCGUUGCCGUGCUUUCAGCCUACCUCCCCCAAUCUAUUUGACAUGGAUCACAAGGGACAAAGUGUCUCCAUGCUGGUCCCUGCGACCCAGGAGGUUGAGCAGAGAGCCAUUUCCAUCAGUCCGCAAUUUGAUCCUGCAGUGGAUAUUGUCCCUGAGACCCAGCUGUGUGGACAGCAUUCUCACAUCGUGAACAACAUUCGCUUUCCGUGUGCAGGAUAUAAUGAAAGAUCGGAUGCCCUUGUUGAGAUGCCUGCGGAUAGGCAGAGGCCAUUUACGCCGGAGCAGAGACGAGUCGCGGAGCAUAGCCGAGUGAAGGAGUCGCGCCAAGGUUUCCAAAAGGAGAGGGAUGGCAAACCACUUGUCCGCGAUUCUGACGUCGAGUCUCCAAGUCGACCCAAAUCCCAGGCAAAUAUGGCUUCCCGUAUGGUGCCGCUCCUUUCGUCUGAAAGUGGUGAUAGCCGCUCGCCGGUAUCCAAUUCGGCUGGUAGAACACCUGGUAAUCAUUCAAAAAGGGCGACUUACCUGGUCAAGCUCCCGUAUCCUCCAGAAAAAGGACGUGCCCUACUUCAGGAUUCUGGAGGUUUGCCAACUCCUUCUGAUUCUUCCGGCCAGAAGCGUAAGAUCCACGAACGCAGUGUAGAUGCAGGUAAUGGGGGCAAUAAACGUCCGAAGGUUUCGACUAAGCCGCCGGUGUCUUAUACCGCCUCCAGGCAAUCUUUAGGCACCGCACAGUUGCCUUCCAACCGAAGCAGCGCCGUUUCUAGGUCUCCCGCCCAUCCAUCCAAUGUUCAGAACGGUGGCUCCCGCCGGACCAAGAGCUCUCGUUAUCAUCUGCGCUUUAGCCAAGAGCUCGAGUAGCUUGGACAGCUCGAGUUAUACCCCAUUUCAGGGUUUCAAGAACACCUGUCUGACUAACAGCGUUGGCGUCGUGUCGUCUCGAAUUCAGUUUGCCGUUGUAGUGGUUUACGCUGUAUAGUUCGUCGAUAAACUUCAGAUCCCGAUCUUUGAGGCCGUCUUCAAUGUUCGAUUAUUGCGGCCGAAGAUCGUUUCGAGGAUGCUGGUAUUGCCUAGGUGCAUCCAUACAUUCGCUACUGAUCGUAUGCUCUGCAAGCUCCAAUCCUAACGCUUGGGAAAUGUCGAUGGUACCUCCGGAUUCGGGCCUCUUGUUCUUUUUCAGUCCCUGAAUGCUAACGUCGAGGGAGAGAGGGUAGGGUGGCGGGAUAA